AUGUCAGCGCCUUUAUUACCCAGUACCACAACUGUGGGUAGCUCUGCGAGAUAUUCUAACCAGAAUGAAAUAGAAAUUUUCCAAAACAUCUCGGUAUUUGAGAAGGACCUGGCUGGGCUAGUAUCUUCGAUCUCCAGGUUCCAGCCGUCAUCGGAGUUUGCCACAAAAUUGGUUCUGGAUACGGACAAAAUACAGGAAGAGCUUGUCCAAUUACAAUAUAUACAUGAUUUGCGCGUGAAUCAGCUCCAAAAUCAGACAAGCGUGGACAAGUCUCUUGACGAUAGCCUAAAAUCAAUACUGAAGGAGUUGAACCAGUGCAGGAAAAGCUUGGUGAGUCUACCGCGAUUACCACAAGAAGAGAGCGAAAAGCACGAAAAUUCGAUGGAUGAGGACUUUAAGGAAGAACCACCUAAUCCCGAGGAGAGUCUUAAGGCCACAGCACAGCUCCUGGACUACGCCAUGAAAUUGUCUAAAUUCUCCAAAAUUCCCAGAACGGUGGAGGGAUUCCUGCAUCCGAACAAUUGCAUAUGGCCAGCCGAUGGCAAUAUGAGAAGGGGAAUGCUGGCUAUGGCAUCGAUCUUGGGUGACAAAUUGACCAGAAUUGGAGACGAAGCCGAUGAAGACCAGAACCAAGACCUGGCAGAACCUGAAGAAGGUGUUAACGAAAAGGACCAGGACGAUGACAGUGAUAUGGAUGAGAGCAUGCCUUAUGCUGCAUAUGAGAGGGAUGAACAACAGCAGAAAACUGCGGCGCACGUUGUUUCAGGUCUUGACCUAUUCGACUCCGAUGAGGAAUAA